CGCAGUGCGGCGGCACGCGGGCAGGGCGGGGCGGGGCCGGGCGAGGCGGGGCGCGCGCGCGGCGGCCGUUGAAGGACCGUUGGGGCGGGCGGCGGCGGCGGCGGCGCGCGCUGCGGGUAGUGAGUGUGGAGGCGCGGACGCGCGGCGGAGCUCGAGCUGCUGCAGCUGCUGCCGCCGCCGGAGGAACCUUGAUCCCCGCGCUCCGGACACCCCGGCCUCGCCAUGGCUGACCAGCUGACUGAGGAGCAGAUUGCAGAGUUCAAGGAGGCCUUCUCCCUCUUUGACAAGGACGGAGAUGGCACUAUCACCACCAAGGAGUUGGGGACAGUGAUGAGAUCCCUGGGACAGAACCCCACUGAAGCAGAGCUCCAGGACAUGAUCAAUGAGGUGGAUGCAGAUGGAAAUGGGACCAUUGACUUCCCGGAGUUCCUGACCAUGAUGGCCAGAAAGAUGAAGGAUACAGACAGUGAGGAGGAGAUCCGAGAGGCCUUCCGUGUCUUCGACAAGGAUGGCAACGGCUACAUCAGCGCUGCUGAACUGCGUCAUGUAAUGACGAACCUGGGUGAGAAGCUGACCGAUGAGGAGGUGGAUGAGAUGAUCAGAGAGGCUGACAUCGAUGGAGACGGCCAGGUCAAUUAUGAAGAGUUUGUACAGAUGAUGACUGCCAAGUGAAGGCCCCUGGGCAGCUGGUGAUGCCCAUUCUCGUGAUCUCUCUUCUCGCGCGCGCGCUCUCUCUUCAACACUCCCCUGCGUUCCCCGGUUCUAGCAAACACCAGUUGAUUGACUGAGAAUCUGAUAAAGCAACAAAAGAUUUGUCCCAAGCUGCAUGAUUGCUCUUUCUCCCUCCUAAGUCUCCUCCCAUGCCCCUCAUCUCUUCCUUUUGCCCUCGCCCCUUCCAUUCACAUCUUCCAAGGCCUGAUGCAUUCAUAAGAUGAAGCCCCAUUCCCCUUAGGGGAGCCUCUGCCCUCCUCCAGCCCGGGUGGCUCUCCUGUUUUGAUUUGUUUCCUUUCGUGUGUCAUCUUAUUUUGGGUGCUGGGGUGGCUGCCAGCCCUGUCCCAGGACCUGCUAGGGAGGGGAUGAGGCCUCGCCCAGGCAGAAGAGCAUGCCUUCUGCUGUUGCAUGCAACCAGCCCUGUGAUUCUGUGUGCAUAUCCCAGCAGCCUCUUGGGGCAAGGGUGCCGAGAGAGGCAUUCCAGAAGGACUGGGGGGUGGGGGGGAUUGAGGAGUUGUGGUGUUGACUGGAUAUGGUCCAGGACUGGGUCGAGGGGCAAGGGAGUCUUAGAAGUUGGCAUUCUUUCUACCACUUGAGGGGGCUGACUCACAGAAGGGGACAGAUAGAGUGAACAACACUCCUAUCCCAUUGGCUGCUAUUCUGAAACCAUUCGAUUGACUUCCUGAGGUUGGGCUGGGUGGGGGCUGCUCAGCUGGCCACUGCAAAUUAUACCUGCCCAUGUUUCUAAAAGCGAUUUCCAGCUGUUCUGUAAAUACCUGGUGCUAACGUCCCAUGCCGCUCCGCCGUGAUGCACCUGCCCACCCGCACGAAGGUCCCCUGUUGGAACAGAUGUGGGGAUGUUGCUUUGUCAUGUACAGGUUACCCUUUGGUUAUUUUUUUCUUUAUGCCCCUUGAAACUAAUCCUGUCAAGAAACCAUACCGGGCUAGCUGAAGGGUGGGGAGAGGGCAGAUGAGCCCCACCAUGCUCUGGAGAGAACAUAACCUGCAAUAAAACAGUCUAGAGGGCUAGCUGCCCGGGGGGUGGCGGCCAAGGACAGCUCUGCUCCCUGGUCAGCUGGCCCCUCCUGCUUCUCCGUGGUGAUUUGGUUGGCUCCUUAACACCUGUGCUGUCUCUGUGCCCUCUCUCCCCGCGCCCACCUGCCUGCCCCCCACACUCCCCCAGCGGAGAGCAUGAUCCGUGACCUUGCUUCUGGUUUUCGCCUCUGGGACAAGUAAGUCAAUGUGGGCAGUUCGGUCGUCUGGAUUUUUCUUUUCCUUUUUCUGUUCAUUUCAUCUUGCCCUCCCCACCCCCGAACCCAGGUUGUGCAAGUGGCUUUUCCUGAGACUUGCCCAGCUUUGAGAAUCUCCUCAUCCGCCCUCUGGCACCCAGCCUAUGGGGGAAGGGAGGGGAGGGACGGGCGUAGUGGGAGACCUAGCUAAGAGCUGAGGGUAAGGGCAGGUAGGUGUGAGGCUGUGGACAUUAUCGGAGUGUUUCGGUUUUGGUUUUGGUUUUUUGGUUUUUUGGUUUUCUUUUUUUUUUUUUUUAAACCGGGCAAUAUUGUGUUCAGUUCAAGCUGUGAAGAAAAAUAUAUAUCAAUGUUUUCCAAUAAAAUACAGUGACUACCUGA